AUGGAGGCCGGUGGAGUGAAGAACGCGACGGUGAUUAAGGUGAUUGGAGGGACAGGGUCGCGAGGACAAGUGACCCAAGUGAGAGUCGAAUUCAUUGACAACACCAAGCGUCAGAUCACUAGGAACGUCAAAGGCCCUGUUCGGGUCGGCGACGUCAUCACCCUCCUUGAAACUGAGAGGGAGGCCAGGAGGCUCCGCUAG